GUGGUAGAGUUGCUCUACACAACACGGUUCGAUCGGUUUCUCCCCUCCUCGCCCUCUCGCCCGAUCCCGACAGAACUUACUGGGGCUUGGUAUCCUCUCGUCCCGCAGCUGCCUCCACCCGAGAGAUCUCCGGCGACCAGACUCCCUACGCUCCUCCGGCCGGUGGAUCGGAUCCAUCCGCCCCCAAACCCCCCACCCCGAGCUUCCGUUUCUCCUCCGCGCCCAACACCCGAGGUUACCGACACCGCCGCCCCGUUCCUCUUAAACUCUGACGCCGCCGGCCGCCCUGCUCCGCCGUUCCUCGUCAACUCCUCUCUUGCCUCUGCGUUCGCCACCACGCACCGAGGCCCAAGGAAAAUGCUUCUGAAGUAAAUUCCAGUGUGCCUGACCUCGUAAAUUACCAGUAAAAUACAGUGGAGCAAAUCAACCAGUUGAGAUGGCGACGUUGAGGCCGCUGACUGUGGAGGAUGUGCUGAGGGUGAACGGCAGCCGCCGCUUUGCUGCUGCACUGGCCGCUGCCUCCCCCUUCGAUUCUCUCGCCGACGCACUACUCGCCGCCCGCCGCAUCUGGCUCAACGAGGUAGACGUGACUGGAUGGCUGGAGGCCUUCGCUGCUCACCCGUCCAUUGGAACCACCUCCUCAUCCGUCUCCAAGUGGAGCAAGGAAGAGCAAUCAGCUGCGCUUUCCACAGCCACUGAUUCGACCGCGCAGGAGUUAUCCGAGUGGAAUGCCAAAUACAGGGAGAAGUUUGGGUUUGUGUUCAUGAUAUGCGCGUCUGGGAGGACUGCCCCUGAGGUCUUAGCUGAGCUUAAGAGGCGUUAUGCAAAUAGGCCAAUUGUUGAGCUUGAGGCUGCGGCAGAGGAAGAACUGAAGAUAAGUGAGCUGCGUCUUACAAAGCUUUUCUCAGCAGAAACUGCUGCUCCCCCUACUUCAGGUGAAAAUCAUAUUAGCCAACCGGAUAAAGCUGCAGAUCGGAUGCGGAUUAUUGGUGCACACCUUGGAGCUCUUUCCCAGCUUUCUGCCAAUAAAGCUCCUGAAAUUACAGGUAGCUCCAACCGGACACGCCCUCCUAUCACAACCCAUGUGCUGGACACGGCUCUUGGAUCGCCAGCAGCUGGAAUUGAAGUUCACUUGGAGAUGUGGAAGGACGUGUCAAGUACCCCGGCAUUUGACAACAAAGAAUUCAAGGGAUGGACAACCCUAGGCACUUCGGUCACAAACAAUGAUGGACGCAGCGGUCAGCUGAUGGAUAUCGUUGACAAUGUCGCUCCUGGUUUCUAUCGCAUAAGUUUCAAUACCUCCAAGUAUGCACCGUCAGGGUUCUUCCCUUACGUGAGCAUCAUAUUUGAGAUAAAAAGAAGCCAGACGACCGAGCAUUUCCAUGUUCCUCUUUUGCAUUCUCCCUUUUCCUUUACCACUUACCGUGGCAGCUAAGGUGUCGAUUUGUGUGUAAAUCACAUUGAGUGAUGGUGGUGUUCUGAAACAAGCAUAAAUGGUCGUAAAUCAGGGUGUUUAGUUGGCACUGACAUUGUGAUACUUGAAUAAUGUUGUUCCGUGUAAUGGGAAGCUUGAUUAUGCAGUGGCA